GUUUAAUAACUUUUAUUAUGGGACUAACUGGCUGUGUUUCAUUCCGAAUAGUACAGCACUAAAAAUCAAAUGUGGUGCUGUUUGGAACAAAGCCCCUGCUACAAUUGGUUAGAGGAAGCUCAUUUCCAGUGAUAUGAUUGGAUAAUAGAGUUUACUCAUCAGUAAUUGGAUAGUGAUGUUGACUGACAAAAUAAUAACUAAUGACAGAGCAGAAGGCGGGAUUUGUUGUGAUACUGUGGGGAAAAAAAACGCCGGUGACAGCUGGAGAUAGAGAAUUACAAACUCAUCUCGUACAUCACAUUCCGGCACCUUGUAUUAAUGAAACACCGGUUUAAAAAAUGAAAGAUGUCCCGGGAUAUCUGGUCCUUCAGCAGAGCACGAGCGCAAGCCCUGAAAUGGCGGCUCAGUGGCACGCGCUUGAAGAUCUGUACAACAGAAAAUUGUGGCAUCAGUUAACUCUGAAGUUGACUGAGUUUGUGAAAGACCCUUAUUUUAAUUCCGGAGACACUCUUGUCCAGCUCUAUGAAAACUUUCUCAGUGAUUUUGAGCACAGAAUAAACCCCCUCUCUCUGGUGGAAAUUAUUUUGUAUGUUAUCAGAAAAAUCACUGACCCAAAUGAUGCAAUAACCUUUCUUGAGAAAACCAAAGAAAAGGUGAAGAGCAGUGACCGAGCUGUAAUCUUAUGCAAAACAACAAUUGGGUGUCUGAAAUUAGAGAUCAAUGAUCUUACUACAACUAAGAAACUGAUAGAGGAAGUGGAGGAGAUGCUAAAUAAUUUGCCUGGUGUAACAUCAGUCCACGGGCGUUUCUAUGAUUUGUCCAGCAAGUAUUAUCGAUUUGUGGGAAACCACGCGCUGUACUACAAGGAUGCGCUGCGAUAUUUAGGCUGCGUAGAUAUAAAAGAUUUAUCUGAGACCGACAAACAGGAGAGAGCAUUUACACUGGGGCUCGCGGGACUGCUCGGCGAAGGAGUGUAUAAUUUUGGAGAACUCCUCAUGCAUCCAGUGUUGGAGUCUUUAAGAAACACAGACAAGCAGUGGCUUAUAGAUACACUGUAUGCUUUUAACAGUGGCAACGUCAUCAAGUUCCAGGCUUUAAAGACAGCCUGGGGUCAGCAGCCAGAUCUUGCAACUCAUGAGAUCAAACUGAUGCAGAAGAUACAGCUACUCUGUGUAAUGGAGAUGACUUUUACACGGCCCACCAAUAACAGACAGCUCUCAUUCCAAGAAAUUGCACAGAGUGCCCAAAUCCCAGUAAAUGAGUGGAGUGAUGCGGUUGCAGGGAGAAGAGGUGAAGAAGGUGGAGGUGGAGCUGCUCAUAAUGAAAGCACUCUCAGUUGGAUUGAUAAAAGGCAGCAUCGACGAAGUGGAUCAAACUGUUCAGAUGACAUGGGUUCAGCCAAGAGUACUUGAUUUACAACAGAUUAAGGGCAUGAACGAUCGUCUGGACUUGUGGUGUAAAGAUGUGAAGAACAUGGCGGUGUUACUGGAACAGCAAGCCCAGGACAUCCUCACUUAACACAGCAUACCAUUCCUAUCAGCACUGAGUCUCGUCACAUUUCUUUUUCUGUGUUUACUUUUCACAUUGACAAUAAUGACUUUUAUUUUCGCACUUAAUAUGAGCAUAUAUUUUCUGUUAGUUCCUGUACUAUUUAAAUGUAGCAUUUUUUUAUGUUGCUUUUUCUGGAUGCAUUUGAAUGCUAGAAUAGCACCUGACUUAAAUGUCGAUGUAUUUAUCAUUCCUGCAAAUGCAAUUUCAGUCCAUAAUGAGAAAUAUUUAAUUUUAAAUAAAAUUAAAAAAUUCGUCCAUACUCAUUUUCAUCAAGAUAAAAUAUAAUAUAGCUUGGAGUACAAUAUAACUGUUCUUGCUGUUCGAGGUUUUGAAAUAAAAUAUAAACCUGCUUUAUGGAAACAUAAGUCUUAAAUAUACUGUGCAUAUUUAAAGCUUGUCCAAUUUGAUUUCCAUAUAGUGAUUUAAAUAUUUAUUUGUCUGUUGCUGUGCAAAACAAGAUUAAUCUGCAGCUAAUUGUAAAUAACUCAAAUAUAUUUCAGGGUUAAAAAAAUAAAUGGAUCAGUUAAGCUGACCAGAAUUUGGACUACUAAUAUACAGAUGGGUGAAAAAUGAAGGGAAGAAACAGCUGUUAUGCUGUGAGGGGAGGUCAUUUAUUUAUUUUACUGGAAUGAUUUAUCUUACUUCAAAAAGUGUAUCAAGGCUAAAGUUUCUGUCUGAAUGUCCUUAUCUUUUGAUGAACUAUGUUUGUCGUUUCGGGUGUGGUUUUUUACCUAGAUGCUUUCUCCCCAUUCACAGUGCUCACUGAAUGCUAAUAUAAAGAUUAGAAUAAUGUACAUUAUGUGUAAUGCUCUUUACGCUCACCAGCUCUCAACCUAUUGAACAACUGGAGAUUAUUGGAGGAUCAGCGUUCAUCACUCCGGAAAUAUGUGGAAUCUACAUCAGGUGGUUUUGAUACUGUUCUGGUGGCUCAUGGUGGUUAAACCACUUAUACACCAACGAAAUGUUGUUUUUUCUUUUCUCAUCCGUUUGAAAAUGUACUUUUUCAGCCUCGUAUUGUACACGCUCUGUAUUAGUGACUCAAAUCAAACUUGUAACCUGAAGGUCUGUGUAUCAUAUUUGAAACAAGAAUAAAACUUGAUAUUCGAUUA